AUGCGCAGUGGCUGCCAUUGGGCCAUUUAAAAGUCGUUGUUGGGGGAAAUUGAAAUGGCUGCGCAGCUGGGUACAUUUUCUGAGGAAAGGGACAAAGCGAAAGGGGGGCGAAAGAAGAAACGGAGGGAGGGUUCUCCGUCGUCCGAGAAAAAGAGGAAAAAGAAAGGAAACGAGGACGGCGGAGGAGAGGAUGAUGAGAAGCAAGUCAAGAGGAGGAAGCUUGACAGUGACACCCAUCAUUGCUGUCACCAUCAUCAUCACCAUCACCACCACAGACAUCACCACCACCAUCAGCAUGGGAAAGAAGAGCUGUUGCUCCGACCUCCUCCCCCCGGGCUUCCUCAGGCAACCCAACCUGUGCCCUCCAUCACCCAGGCCCUAUUUACUCUUUCUCAGCUGGAGAGACCUCGGGAGAAGAUCAAGAGGAAACACAGGGUGAAAAAGGAGAAUGCUGGUGGAGAAGGAGCGGAGAAUCUGCUGAAACCUGUCAAAAAGGAGAUUACAGAUGAGAACGGUCAAUCCCAGUGUGCGAUCAAGAAUGAAGGUCAUGAAUUUCUCCUCAAGAAGAUCAAAAAGAAGAAGAAAAAGAAACAUAGGGAUGACCUGAGAGGUCGGCGGCUGAAAAUGUAUAACAAGGAAGUACAGACUCUCUGUGCUGGGCUGACUCGAAUCAACCAGGAUACCCUGGACCAGGAGGAUGCUGUAGUUGAGGAGAACAAGGAGUCCUGCAGAUACUUGCUGGAUGAGCAACUCUGCCGCUCUGAUUUGGGUACUGAAGAAUACAGAGUUCCACAGGAAGUUCAGAUGCCCUUUGCGUCUCAUCAAGAGCACUGUAUUCGAACCAGCACCUUGAAAACCGAGUCUAAGUUCAGCCGUUUGAUGCAUGAGGAAAACCAGUCAAAUGGAGGAGCGCCGGUUUUGCAUGCUUACAUGGACGAACUCUCUUUUUUGUCUCCCAUGGAGAUGGAGAGGUUUGCUGAGGAAUUCCUGGAGAAGACAUUUCGAGAAAAUGACAAGAGUGCAGCUUAUUAUGCACUGGCCGUAGUUCACGGAGCUGCUGCUUACUUGCCAGAUUUUUUGGACUACUUUGCUUUUAAUUUCCCUAACACCCCAGUGAAGAUGGAGAUCUUGGGCAAGAAAGACAUAGAGACAACCACCAUCUCCAACUUCCAUAUGCAGGUAAGCAGGACAUACUGCUGUGGCACAUAUAGAGCAGGUCCAAUGCGGCAGAUCAGCUUAGUGGGAGCCGUUGAUGAAGAGGUUGGAGACUUUUUCCCUGAGUUUCUGGAUAUGUUGGAGGAAUCCCCUUUUCUAAAGAUGACAUUACCUUGGGGGACCAUGUCUACUCUGAAACUUGAGUGCAGGUCACAAAGUGAUGAUGGCCCAAUCAUGUGGGUGAGACCAGGGGAACAAAUGAUUCCAACUGCAGACAUGCCAAAAUCCCCAUUCAAACGUAGACGGUCGAUGAAUGAAAUAAAAAAUCUCCAGUACCUACCUCGUACAAGUGAACCCCGUGAAGUUCUCUUUGAGGACAGGACGAGAGCCCACGCUGAUCACGUUGGACAAGGUUUUGACUGGGAAAGCACAGCUGCUGUAGGAGUUCUGAAAGCGGUGCAGUUUGGAGAAUGGAGUGAUCAACCUCGCAUAACCAAAGAUGUGAUAUGCUUUCAUGCAGAGGACUUUUCACAUGUGGUGCAGAGGUUACAACUUGAUCUCCAUGAGCCACCAGUUUCUCAGUGUGUUCAGUGGGUGGAUGAAGCAAAACUCAACCAAAUGAGAAGGGAAGGCAUCCGCUACGCACGCAUCCAGCUGUGCGACAAUGAUAUCUAUUUCAUCCCACGUAAUGUCAUUCAUCAGUUCAAGACUGUAUCUGCUGUAUGCAGCCUAGCUUGGCACAUACGGCUGAAGCAAUACAGCUCCAAUAAAGAGUACCAACAGCCUUCUGACAACAACUGUGGCAUCCCACCCCAUGAAAAUUGCCCUGAACCCACAAGUGUGAAACAAGAGCCAGAGCAACCUCCACUUCCACCAACACAAGGACCUUUUGUAAUUCCACUCAUUCCACCACAGAAGCUGGAAAGCUACCCGCAGCAGACACAAGCUAACCUGUACCAUUCACCCAACUGACUUUACUAUUAAAAUAUUCUAAAGAUUGCUUUUUA